AUGCUGCGGCCGGAAGUGCGCCAUCUUGGCCGGAAGCUGCUCCGGCGGCGGCCCCUGGAGGCGGGCGCGGGCCCGGGCCGCCUGGCGCGCUGCCUGCGCACCUUCGACCUGGUGGCCCUGGGCGUGGGCAGCACCCUGGGCGCGGGCGUGUACGUCCUGGCCGGCGAGGUGGCCAACGGCAGAGCCGGGCCGGCCGCCGUCGUCUGCUUCCUCAUCGCCGGCCUGUGCGCCGUGCUGGCCGGGCUCUGCUUCGCCGAGUUCGGGGCGCGCGUGCCCUGCUCGCGCUCCGCCUACCUCUACAGCUACGUCACGGUGGGCGAGGUGUGGGCCUUCAUCACCGGCUGGACCCUCAUUCUCUCCUACAACAUAGGUUCUGCUGCUGUCGCCAGGGCCUGGAGCUCUGUCAUUGACAACCUGAUUGGAAACCACAUCUCUCGGGUGCUGGAGGGCAGUUUCCCAGUGUAUGUGCCCCACGUCUUGGCCAAGUACCCAGACUUCUUCGCUCUGGGCCUAAUUCUGCUGCUUACUGGACUGCUGGCGCUGGGAGCUAGAGAGUCAUCCCUUGUUACCAACAUGUUCACAAGUGUGAACAUUUUGGUUCUCAGCUUUGUCAUCCUCACCGGCUUCAUUAAGGGGGAUCUGCACAACUGGCAGCUCACAGAAUGGGACUACAACCUGGCCAUGAAUGGAUCCAAUGGCACCCAAAGCUUGGGCCCUCUGGGCUCUGGAGGGUUUAUGCCUUUUGGUCUGGAUGGGAUUCUCCGUGGAGCAGCUACAUGUUUCUUUGCAUUUGUUGGUUUUGAUACCAUUGCCACGACAGGGGAAGAAGCCAUCAAUCCUCAGAGGUCCAUCCCCUUGGGCAUCGUCAUCUCUCUCUUCAUCUGCUCUUUGGCAUAUUUUGGUGUCUCGGCAUCACUCACCCUCAUGAUGCCCUACUAUCGGAUUCAUCCCCAGAGCCCCUUGCCAGAGGCUUUUCUCCACAUUGGAUGGGCCCCUGCCAUUUACACAGUGGCUUCUGGCUCCCUCUGUGCCCUUACUUCCAGCCUCCUGGGCUGCAUGUUCUCCAUGCCUCGGGUGAUCUACGCAAUGGCAGAAGACGGGCUCCUUUUCCGCAGCCUUGCCCGGAUCCAUGCCCGCACACAGACCCCCGUCAUAGCCACUGUCAUCUCUGGAGUCCUUGCUGCGAUCAUGGCCUUCCUCUUUGAGCUUGCCGACCUUGUGGACCUCAUGUCGGUUGGGACCCUGCUUUCUUACUCGCUGGUCGCCUUCUCCGUUCUCGUCCUCAGGUACCGGCCAGACCAGGAUGUAAGCAAGAACGAGCAGACGGAGGCGGAAACACUUGAGAUGAAGUCUGCAUCGGAGGCCAACCUGUUGGAAUCCGUACCUGAAGCCCAAGCCUCUAAGAUUCUAAAAUGUCUGUUUAACCCCACCACCACCACCCCUACUCUGAAAUCUGGCAGAAUCGUCAAUGUUUGUGCCGUACUGCUUGCCGUGCUGCUGACUGUCCUAUGCCUGAUACUGGCCCAGUGGCCCGAGCGUCUGUUCUCUGGGGACCCAGUUUAUACGACAGUGACGGCUCUGCUGCUGGUGCUUAUUGCCCUGAUCACGUCCAUCAUCUGGAGGCAGCCCCAGAACCCCACCCCUCUUCACUUCAAGGUCCCUGCUGUGCCUGUCCUCCCAUUGGUGAGCAUCUUCAUAAAUGUUUACUUGACGAUGGAAAUGACCGUUAAGACCUGGAUCCAGUUUGGAGUCUGGAUGGUGAUAGGGUUUGCUAUCUAUUUUGGAUAUGGGAUCCGCCACAGCCUGGAGAAGAAGAGUGAUCAACAGCCACCAGCCUCAAGCUCCCAGACUCUUGAAAACGUCCAGAGUGCUCAAGUGUCCUAACCACAGAGCGGCUGCUGUGGGAAAUCCCUCCACCACACCGGAGGGUUUUUCUGGCGCAAGGGGAAGUUUGGUGGAAGGCAGAUGCAUAUGAGCCCUGUAUGGACUGCCAGUGAGCAAAAUGGAAUUGAAGUUGUGUAGUUGUUAACAUAAACUUUUAAAAGUAUAACAAACAUACAGAAAAGUGCGUUCUUUAUAAGUGUAUAUAGUAAGGUGGAUUUUCACAAGUAAAUACAGCAAUGUAACAGCACUUGGAGUAACUGCACACAAGAACCCCUCGGGGCUUGCUUCCAGUUACUGUCUUCGGAGGUAACUGUUACCCUGACUUCUGAACUGUUGAGAGUUGGAUGGUGUGUUUUGAAUUCCAUGUAAAUGGGAUUAUAACAUUGUAUACUCUUUUUCAGUGUAAUGGGAUUCAUCAGUGUUUCAAGUAAUUGAAGUUCUAGGUCUGUUUUUUGGCUGCUAAGAGUAAUGCUUCCCCUUAGUAUAGAACUGCCAUAUGAUCUGACAGUCCUGCUACUGUAUACCCAGAACUGAAAGCAGGGCCACGAACAGGCAUUUUCAUACUGAUGGUCAUUGUGGCAUUAUUCACAAUUGCCAAAAGAGAAGUAACCCAAGUAUCAAUCAGCCUAUGAAUGGAUAAACAAAAUGUGGUGUAUAUAUACGAUGGAAUAUUCAGCUGUAAGAAGGAAUGAAGUCUUGAUGCAUGUGACAACAGGGAUGAACCUGAAGGGCUUUAUGUUGAGUGGAGUAAGCAAGACACAAAAGGACAAAUAUGGACAAAUAUAAUAUGGACUAAAUAUAAUGAACAAACUCAUGGAGUUAAUAUCUAGAAUGUAGAAUAUCUGGUAUAGUCAAUACUAGAAUAUAGAAUGAGGAUAGAGAAUGGGGAACUGAUGCUUAAUUUGUGCAGCAGCUUUUUAAAAGUUUGAUUAUAAAUGUCUGGAAAUGGGCAGAGGUGAUGGUAGCACAUUAUCAUGUGUGUAAAUAGCAGCUCUGACUUGUGGUGACUGUGGUUGAAAAGGGAAGUUUAGGGUUGUGCUUGUCACCAGAAGGAAAGCCAGAGGAUGAAACGUGGGCUGUAUAACACAGUGAACUGUGUUAUGGAUGAUGAAGGUGGUAUAAUAGUACAAAUAUGAGAAUGUUCUUCCACAAAUCAGAGCAAAUCUAUGUCACAGCUACAAGGUGUUAAUAACAGGGUGAUAUAUGGGGGAAAAUGCACCUAAUGCAAACUAUGGACUAUAGUUAAAAGUAGUAUCUUAGUGUUUUUCCAUCAUUUGUAACAAAGGUACCGGCUGAAGCUAAGUGUCAAUAAUUGUGAGGUGUAAGGGGCACGGGUGUGUCAAUUACGUGGUGUAAGGGGCACGGGGUUUUCUUCUUGGAGCUAUGAAAAUGCUAAAAUUGAUUGUGGUGAUGAAAAAACAGCUCUGACUACUGAGAGCCAGUGUACACUUUUGACGGGUGAUACGGUGUGUGAAAAAAACUUAAAAUUGAAGAAAAAAAAUAGUGCUUCCAGCAAGGAAGUUGAGUAAGUGAACAGGUGAUGCUGAAGAACAGUAGGGGGAAAGCUGGAAAGGCAGCUGGGGCUGGAGGGUGGUUUACCAGCGAUACCAAUGUGACCGAGCAAAUGAGGAAACGUGAGGCUCAGGAAGUUUAAGUGAUUUGCCUCUUAAGUAACUCUGAAGUACAGAAAAUACUAAUUAUUCUACCUACACAUAUAACAGUUAUAAGGAGAUAAUAAAACCUGCAAAACCACUUCAUAUUGUACAAUGAUAACUGAAGGUAAGGUAUCGUUACUAGCAUUAGUUUGGCUUUCCCUGGCUGGUUUGAGGUUGGA